AGGGGUGCCCUAUGGACAAAACUUUUGAAAGGGGUCAUCCGUAUAACCGGGAGUUGCUCUCACCAAUCAACCCAGGAUCUCGGCCGUAGUUCGGUACCCCAAACUUUACCGACCUAUUUAUCCCGCAUCCUGGUAAUAUCUUGAACGGGGUCCCCAUAGUCUUUACUCUAGCGCGUGGGCCGAUGCUAUCAUGCAGUAACCAUCGUACGUCGCUUUUCCGGGGUAUGUAGAAUAGCCUAGCCUAUCCCCAUGUCCCAUUUACCGGUGUGUUCAUGGCCUUAUUUAUAUCGGGACGUCCCCCCAGGCACCGCCGAUGCACCGCUAUCGUCUAACCCGUGUGCUGGUGGGCUGGAUUGCUACGUUGAUCUCGAGACUUCUUCUCUGCGCGACAGUUUUGUUUUCAUCCGAGAAAUCGAGGUCGACUUAUGCAAUAAUAGUGCCCUUUAGAAACAUCCGUAUUCGGUCACGAUGGUUGCGGGAGGCGACUCGGGCUUCGCCGCGUACAAUGUGGCCCUCAAACGCCGCCAGGAGAUGAUGGGCGCGUCCGGUCCCAUGGCCCUAGUAAAAAACUUCAAAGUUUUUAGGAUCGCCUUGUUCGCUUGUAUCGGUGGUAUCCUGUACGGUUACAAUCAGGGCAUGUUCUCGGGCCUUCUCGCCAUGCCUUCCUUCAAGUCUCAUAUGGGCGAGUAUGACCCGUUUGACGACUCGGCAGAUCAGACGAAGAAGGGGUGGCUUACAGCUAUCCUCGAGCUCGGAGCUUGGAUUGGCGCGCUGCUAUCCGGGUUCAUCGCCGAAGCCAUCUCCCGCAAAUAUGGCGUCCUGGUAGCGGUAACAGUCUUCGUCAUUGGGGUCGUCAUCCAGGCGACGGCGCAGUCCGGUGGGCCUAACGUUAUUCUCGGAGGCCGCUUCGUUACGGGUAUGGGCGUCGGUUCCUUGGCCACGAUCGUGCCCAUAUACAACUCCGAGGUCGCACCCCCCGAGAUUCGAGGCGCGCUCGUUGCUCUCCAGCAGCUCGCAAUCACAUUUGGUAUCAUGGUAAGCUUCUGGAUAGACUACGGUACCAACUAUAUCGGCGGCACAACUCUCGGCCUCCAAACAGAUGCUGCGUGGCUCGUUCCUAUCUGCCUGCAGCUUUUCCCUGCUGUGAUCCUCUUUGUAGGAAUGAUCUUCAUGCCCUUCUCCCCGCGUUGGCUAGUUCACCACGGCCGCGAGGACGAAGCACGCAAAAUCCUAGCCAGCCUCCGUGGCCUAGCUGCUGACCACGAACUUGUCGAACUUGAAUUCCUCGAAAUCAAAGCCCAGUCGCAGUUCGAAAAGCGAACCGUAGCUGAGCACUUCCCUCACCUGAGCGAGCUAACAGCGUGGAAUACCUUUAAGCUUCAAUUUGUGGCCAUUAAGUCUCUGUUCCAGACGAAAGCGAUGAUCAAGCGCGUUGUCGUUGCCACCGUUACAAUGUUCUUCCAGCAGUGGACGGGUAUCAACGCCGUCCUGUAUUAUGCACCCAGUAUAUUCACUUCUCUUGGCAUGAGCAAUACCACUACGAGCCUGUUGGCUACCGGCGUCGUCGGUAUCGCCAUGUUCGUAUUCACCGUGCCCGCCGUACUCUAUAUCGACCGCGUCGGGAGGAAGCCCAUACUGACUAUCGGUGCUAUCGGGAUGGCUACCUGCCAUAUCAUCAUAGCCGUGAUCGUCGCAAAGAACGCAAACCAGUGGGCUAGCCAACCUGCGGCCGGCUGGGCUGCUGCUGCCAUGGUCUGGCUCUUUGUAAUCCAUUUCGGUUACUCCUGGGGUCCUUGCGCGUGGAUUAUCGUGGCCGAAAUCUGGCCGCUCAGCUCUCGGCCCUACGGAACUGCUCUUGGCGCUUCGAGCAACUGGAUGAACAAUUUUAUUGUCGGUCAGGUCACGCCAAUUAUGCUUAAUAAGAUUGGCUAUGGUACCUACGUCCUCUUUGGUCUUUUAACAUUUAUGGGAGCCGGGUUUAUCUGGUUCUUCGUGCCCGAGACUAAACGGCUAACCCUUGAAGAGAUGGACGUCGUAUUCGGUUCUGAAGGCACAGCACAGGCUGACUUUGAACGCAUGGAGGAAAUCAACAGAGAGAUCGGACUGACCGCGAUGCUUAAUGACCUAGUCGGCACUUCUAGCAGCGGCGACGUGGUAGACGAAAGAAAGCAUAAGCUCGAAGAUAAUUAGGUUGUCCGAGCUACCUUCGGGGUGGUUUUAGAGAAAUCUGAGUGCUUAGGUGUACAUGUUGGAAUUAUUAGCAUUCGGUGAGCUUUGAUGCAAAAAUGAUUAAAUAGUUAAAAACUCGACUCUAGCGAAGUAGCUUAGGUAGUUAUAUAAUAAUGUAUUGUUACAAAA